UCAUCGUAGAAAAUAUUCUUACAAGAUAAUUUCAUUAUGAUAUUUUACGUAUCAUUUAUUGUUUUUCUAUAUACGAGUAACAUUUUAUCCAUUUACAUAGACGAAAAUAUAUAUUGUCGUGAAAAAGAUAGAUUAAUUACCUCAGAAGAUAGUGAUGAAUAUUUGCUUGCGAGUGUAGAAAUAAAUGCUAUGGUAAAGUUACUGUGUCGAUAUUGUAAUGAUAACGAAGAAAUACAAGCAAAAAUAUGGUAUUAUCAAGACCGUUUACAAACUUUAGCAGAAAAAGAAGUAGAGAUAGGAAUGGACAACAAUGCAUCAUAUAAUAAAAUUUAUGUGACAUUAGAUCUUUCAUUAGUUAUAAAGAAUAUUGAAAAAACAGAUGCCGGAAUUUAUCGAUGUCAUGGACAAGAAGGCCAGGACGAAGAAUACAAAUUUAAUUAUAGAAUAGAGCCAAUACUCAAAGAUCAAAGCGAUACUUUUAUCGAAACAGGCAACAUUACCAAAUGGGAAGAAUAUCGUGUGAUCAAUUUAUUAUCUGUGACUACGCGCUUUGCUGUAUCUAAAAUGGUUGAUCUUGUAUAUUUACGACAGCAAGGCAUCAUUCUAGAAGUCAUUUCUGAAUGGGGACCUUGGAGUCAAUGCCAAAAAUGUAUACGUAAUGUAGGAAUUAGAACCCGUACAGGAUAUUGUAGAUUGAAGCGUCAAUUUGAUCAAACUGUUAUAUUGGAUAAUACAAGUGAAAUUGUUCAGUUUUUUAAUAAAACCCCUAUGCUACCUUGCAAAUCUAUACUUCUCCAAGAAGAUUUUCCUAUUAUCAGUAGCGCAGUUAGAUAUUUGCCUGAAUUUCUUUUGGAGGAAGCAUGUAGGAAUUGUACUAGAGUAAAAAAAAAGAAAAAGGGGAAAAAAUUUAAAUACAGAAAACAGUAUGUGUUCUCAGAGGGUGCUCAUUUUGCUAUUUCUUGUCCAGAGUAUGUUACAGUCUUAUUUUAUACUAUUAUUGUAUAUUGUCGGAUCUCGUUACAAGACUACUUAUGGGCUGUAAAAGAAUAAUUUUACAAUUUGUUAAGUUAUAAAACGAGGUCCGAACUUAUUCAAAAACAAUCAUUUGUUUUGAUUGAUAAAUGUAGAUCAGACCAGCAAUCGCAUGUAAUCUGGAAAAAAGAUUCGAUUGUUUUAAAGCAAGGUGUUAGUAGAUCUUUUCGCAAAACGGAUCUUGAAGCUCGAAUGAUGGUUGAUACAUUUUCAACGCUCUACAUAAUUGGUCUUAUUUUCUUUCCAAAAACAUAUACUUUAAUUUAUUAAUCAUUUAAUAUUAUACAUUUAAAUUGUUAUUUUUUUUUUUUUUUACAUGUAAUAGAUAUUACAAAAGAAGAAGAAGGUAAUUAUACGUGUUACGUCGAUAACGUCAAUAUGAUGCAAUUGAAGAUCAUUGUUGUCUCUAAAUCGAAAUUUUGGACAUUAGGUAGAAUAAUAAAGAUAUUCUUUCUUAUAAUUUUCAUUUCAUAAUUUCUCCCUUUAUUUACAUCAUUAUAGCUCUUUUGCGUCACAUGGGUUAUCUUGGAUUUAUAUUAUUAUUAACUUUAUUUUGUUAUUGUACCGGAUUGAUAAUAGCAUGUAGACGAAAGGAUACCUUCAAAGUGAUAUAUCCUGAAAACAAGGAUGCACGUAAAAAAGGAGACCAUUAUUCGAAAGAAAUAAAGAACAAAGAAAGCGUGCCUAAAAUAUCUGAUGCCAAUAGUAAAGAAUAAAAAAUAAUACUUAUAUAGUUGUUAACAUUACUUUCAUUUUCUUUCAUUUCUAAUGUUUUUUAACAGCCAAUUGCAGUCGAUUGUUAAUAACAAUUUGUUACACAUAUAAUUAAUAAAUAAAAUCUGAAAUGAAUAGAAAACGGUGAAAAAACGAGUACUCAAUUUGUCGAGCGAACGUUGAAUAAUUGUUCCAAAAAUCAAUGGAAAUGUUAAAAGAAAUAGUAGACACCCGUUGAAGAAUUCGCCAACGUGUUUAUGUUAUUAUAACGUCCGACCUGCAACUACCUCCAAUAGUUUUACAAUUCGGAGAAAAAAGUAAAUAAAAAUAGUGAUAGAAGUAGGGAUAGAAGUAGGGAUAGAAGUAGGGAUAAACAUAGUUCGAUCUUGAGAAUAAUUCGGUGAUCAUUAUUUACAAAAGAGCUUUUCUAUCGCAGUCUAACGGUAAGACGUGUUCCUACGCGCGAAUUUAUUUUGUCGUUUAAUUAUUCAUAUUUUUGAUUUAAUUUUCAGUCUCUGCAGCGAUUCGCGGUUAUUGUCCAUCUCUCUCGAAAUAAUUCCUUUAUAUUGUUGUCAUCAGAUUUACAUUAGUUGAAAAAGCAUUCACCGUUCUUUUUUUUGCGGGAAACAUUUCGGGAGCUAACAAAGGGUAGAUAAUUAAAAAAUGCAAUUACAUAAAAGAAGCCAGUGUUAUACAUUUUUUAUAUAAAAUACGUUUCUUUUC